AUGGAGAAGAAGACUGAGCUUAGAAUGAGCCCAUGGUUGUUCUCCGCUGCUCUUUUUUGCACGAUUCUGCUAUCGAUUCCAUGUGGGGAAUCCAAAUUCAUGGUUUACAACACUUCACAAGGAAUAGUUCCUGGGAAGCUUAAUGUUCACCUGGUUCCCCAUACCCACGACGAUGUUGGGUGGUUGAAGACCGUUGACCAGUACUAUGUUGGCUCCAACAAUUCCAUCCAGGGUGCCUGCGUGCAGAACGUUUUGGAUUCUCUGAUUCCGGCAUUGCUGGCUGAUAAGAAUCGCAAGUUCAUCUACGUUGAAAUCGCAUUUUUCGAAAGAUGGUGGAACGAGCAGAGUGAAACAAUGAAGCACGUAGUCAAGCAGCUUGUGUCGUCGGGGCAGCUAGAAUUCAUAAAUGGGGGGAUGUGCAUGCAUGAUGAGGCGGUGACCCAUUACAUUGACAUGGUUGACCAAACGACUCUUGGACACAGGUUCAUCAAAAGGGAAUUUGGUGUGACACCAAGGAUUGGUUGGCAAAUCGACCCUUUUGGACAUUCUGCAGUCCAGGCAUACUUGCUGGGAGCUGAGGUUGGUUUCGACUCCUUUUUCUUUGGCCGGAUAGAUUACCAGGACAGGGAAAAACGUAAGGAUGAGAAGAGUCUGGAAACGGUGUGGCAGGGUUCCAAGAGCCUUCCUGCAUCAAAGAUUUUUGCUGGUGCAUUCCCAGAACACUACGAGCCUCCCCCUGGUGAUUUCUACUUUGAAGUUAAUGAUCCCUCCCCUGUAGUUCAGGAUGACAUUAAUUUGUUUGAUUAUAAUGUUCCGGAUCGAGUAAAUGACUUCGUUGCUGCUGCCAUAAUGCAGGCGAACGUUACUCGAGGAAAUCAUGUUAUGUUUACGAUGGGAACAGAUUUCAAGUAUCAGUAUGCAAACUCUUGGUUUCGCCAGAUGGACAAGCUGAUUCACUAUGUGAACAUGGAUGGACGUGUAAAUGUUCUCUACUCUACCCCAUCCAUAUAUACUGAUGCCAAACAUUCUGAAAACAAGGCAUGGCCACUAAAGACCGAAGACUUUUUCCCCUAUGCAGACCGUGCAAAUGGUUUCUGGACAGGAUACUUUACGAGUCGACCAGCCUUGAAGCGCUAUGUCAGAGUGAUGAGUGGCUAUUACUUGGCGGCAAGGCAACUAGAAUUUUUCAAAGGUAAGAGUAAGCUUGGGCCAAAGACCGACUUAUUGGCAGAUGCACUGGCAAUUGCCCAGCAUCAUGAUGCUGUUGCUGGGACAGAAAAGCAACAUGUAGCUGAUGAUUAUGCUACACGGCUUGCAAUUGGGUACAAAGAGGCAGAAAAGGUUGUUGCAACUUCACUCAGUUGCUUGUCCGAGUCCCAAUCUCAUGCAGGAUGUCAGAGCCCAAGCAUUAAAUUUGAACAGUGCCCCCUUCUGAAUAUAAGUUACUGCCCUGCAUCCGAGAACACCCCUCUUGGAAAGAAGUUGGUGGUUGUGGUCUACAAUUCUCUUGGCUGGUUAAGGGAUGAAGUGAUCAAAAUUCCGGUUACUAGUGAUAACGUAGUUGUGCAUGAUCCCGAGGGAAAAGAAGUGGACGCUCAACUCAUUCCUCUGGUGGAUGCCUAUAUAAGCUUGAGGAACUUCCAUGUUCAGGCAUACCUUGGUACAGCACCAGCAAAAACACCUAAAUAUUGGCUUGCAUUCAGGGUCUCUGUCCCACCUUUUGGUUUCAGCACAUACACAAUCUCCAACACCAAAACUGAAGAUGCUCACUCAACUAAUCCAUUUGUAUACAAAUCCAAAAGAAGCCUGAAAUCCGCAACUGAACUGGGGCAGGGAAAUUUGAAACUUAGUCGUUCAGCUUUUGGUGGGAAGCCAACUAGUUACACUAAUAGUAGGAGCUCAGUGAAGGAGCAGGUCUAUCAGACCUUUAGUUUCUACGGUGGAUAUAAUGGAACCAACGACAAAAGCCCUCAAAAUGGCGGGGCGUACAUCUUUCGACCAAAUGGGACAUAUCCCUUAGAACCUGAGAAGCAGGUUCCGUUGGCCGUCAUUCGUGGGCCGGUAGUAGAGGAAAUUCACGAACAGAUCAAUCAAUGGAUAUAUCAGGUUACCAGACUAUACAAAGGAAAUGAGCAUGUCGAAGUGGAGUUUAUAGUCGGCCCUGUACCCAUUGAUGAUGGAAUUGGGAAAGAAGUUGUAACUCAGAUAACAACUUCCAUGAAAACCAAUGGAACAUUCUACACAGACUCAAAUGGACGUGACUUUAUCAAAAGGAUUCGUGAUUAUAGAACAGAUUGGAACCUGCAAGUGACUGAACCAGUUGCUGGAAAUUAUUAUCCGCUUAAUCUGGGAAUUUAUGCCAAAGACGACAAAAAAGAACUUUCAGUUCUUGUGGAUCGAGCUCUUGGAGGAGGUAGCAUAAAGGAUGGGCAAAUAGAACUGCUACUCCAUAGGAGACUUCUACUCGAUGAUUCCAGAGGUGUUGCUGAGGCACUUAAUGAAACAGUUUGCAUUCAUAACAAGUGCAUGGGAUUAACGAUCCAAGGAAAAUACUAUUACCGAAUUGACCCCGUAGGAGAAGGUGCUAAGUGGCGCCGAUCAUUUGGCCAGCAGAUAUAUUCACCUUUGCUGCUAGCCUUUGCAGAAGAGGAUGGAGAUAAGUCAAACUCUCACUUAGCCACCUUUUCGGGCUUUGCCCCCUCCUACAGUUUACCUGAUAAUGUUGCCAUCAUAACCCUCCAGGAACUAGAUGAUGGGACGGUGCUUCUUCGAUUAGCCCAUCUAUACGAGGUUGGAGAGGACAAGGAUCUUUCAGUCAAGACAACUGUAGAACUAAUGAAAUUAUUCCCGGGAAAGAAGAUAGGGCAGGUGGUCGAAACGAGCUUGUCUGCCAACCAAGAAAGGUCGGAGAUGGAGAAGAGGAGGCUUGUGUGGAAAGCGGAGGCAUCAUCAUCAGAUGGAACUGCGAGAAGGGGCAGGCCGAUCGAUUAUACGAAGCUGGAGGUGGAGUUGCUGCCUAUGGAAAUUCGGACCUUUCUCAUUGACAUGGUUGCAGAUACCCUGAAGGCCACGGUUCUAUGA